AUGGAAUCAAAGCUUAACAACAUGAUAUCCCAAGAACGACCAUCCCGAAAACGAACGAAGAGAUCAAAUCAAGAGGAAGCAGAUGUCAUAUCUACUGCGAACACAAUGAAACCUUCUUUGCCUGAUCUUGUUAUUCAUCGAUUACUCACACAGCUGCUUCCGACUAAAGAUGCGCAUCGCAUGAGCUUUCUUUCCAAGCAAUGGGAGGGUGUGUGGUCGCUGAGCCCCGUAUUAGAUUUUGAUGAGUCCACAGAGGUUCAUGACGAUGACAUUAUUCCCGAAAAAAAAGCUGAACACAGGAAAUUCACCGACAUUUUGCAGAUGUACUUGGAUUUUAGAGAGAGAGACAAGACAACGCAAGGUUUAGAUAGAUUCAGACUUCGCAUGACAAGAUACUUGUAUGAAGAUUAUAGUAUCGUAGACAAUUGGUUGAAUUUUGCAUAUAAGAGGAGCGUCAAGGAGGUUGAUCUUAGCCUCCAAUUAGGUUGGCAUAAACUUCGUCGCCCUAACCCUGAAAUAAGUUGGGAAAAACAGGUCGAAUAUGUAUAUUGUCUAUCUCCAGUGAGUUUUUUUCAUGCAAAAUCGGUAACUACUUUGAAUUUGGAGUUUGUCAGAAUAGAAAACAUUUACAGUGCAGAACUUAGAUAUGCAAGAGUUCUUCCUUGUUUGAAAAACAUGUCCCUGAAAAGCGUCUACCUAGACGAGCAGGCUCUUGACUACUUAAUUCUGGAGUGCCCUUCGAUCGAAUGCCUGUCAUUAGAUUCAUGUCGUUUUGAAUAUUCGGAGAUUAUCAUUUCAAGUUCUAGUCUCAAAUCUCUGAAAGUGACGCUCUGCGAUGCUCGUAGUAUUGAGGUAACUGAAGCUGUGAACCUUGAAUAUGUUACAUUCGUGUCAGAACUUGGACUCUCGAGUGCCAUCUUUGAAAAACCCUUGAAUUUGAAAUAUGUUAGCAUCCGUGCUCAGUACUUGAGAAGACUUGUUUUGGAAGGAUGCCAUGAUAGUUUGGACGCCACCAUCGAUACUCUGGGUCUUGCUGAGUUUCAGUUCGCUGGUUUUCCAAGCUCAAAACUCUAUCUAAAAGAUCCAAAUCUACAGACAUGCGUCAUCAAUUUGAAAGACAAUUACAACGGAAUAUCACAUAAUUUUCAAGUACUGAGAGAUUUUCUAGAGUCAUUUGAUGGCGCUGUCGACAAUAUGGAUCUCUACAUCAGUGAGUGGAAGCUCAUCACUUUUCCAGUAAGAUUCAGAGAGACAUACUCGUCACCAUUGCCUACGCUCAAGGAGUUUAGGCUCAACAUCUUGCAUACUCCAACGAAGGCAAAAGAGAUCUCCGACUUGAAGGACUCCCUGACUUGGAUGGUGCCAUCUGCACUAGUCAAGUAUGAGUACCUAAAAGACGAAGCUCAACAAAACAGUCGUAGCAAAAGUGGGAAAUAUUAUGCUAGCAUUUUGCUGCCCGGAGAAAGGAGUGAUGGGAAGUUAGAACCUGGCCUUUAUACUAAUAGUUCUGUUGGAAAGGGUAAUCAGAAUUAUGAAACAGAAGAGAUUAAGGCAACUCCCACACUGUUAAACUUAGAGUAUGCAAAAGAUGGCAACGAGCAAUAG